GGAGAAGACACGCAUCAAUUCCACUACCGGAUUGGUAUAGGGACUCCUCUCCUCACUCAUUCUAGUCCUGCAUUUACUUUUCCAUGUGGACCCUUCAUAUGCCGUAUUUGGUCAACUCCGGACGGAGUCUCGCAUAAAUGGCGGAAGUUGAGAAUGGCUCUACCAAUGAGCCAACCCAAACAUCUCCGGCUCUGUCGCAGGCAGACAACAAAGAGCAUGGGGUAAAUGUUUCCACACACCUCGAGCCCCCAAAUGUUGUCGGGGGGAACAAGCCCACGCUGCCCAAGGAGUCGGAACGUCAGAAGAUUGAUGUGGAUGAUUCGCAAGAUCACAAUCAAUUACAAGACGAACUGGAGCCUACGGAAACUACAGAGCCAGUAGACGCAGCUUCAACCCCUCCAACGGACACCGUCCAGUCAUCCGAAAACAAUACAGAGCCCCAGUCUGAACCUCAGGAGGAUCAUACAGAUAGCGCGCCAUAUGGUCAAGAAGUCAGUUCUGAGAGAGGUUCUCCCGAGGAGAGACCGGAUAGAAUCUCAGAACAAUCCCAAGAUGAACCUGCUCCAGACAGCCGCGUACGCUCGGAUUCGAGAUCAACGACUGCUACAUUUGCGACACACCGUUCAGUGCCAGUUAGCUCCACCGUCUUUAUAGUAACUGCCCUUGACACGAUUGGCGCAUCCCGGGAAGCCCGGAGAAGCAAGGAAUUGGAGGACGCCGUUAAGAGUGCGCUUGCGAAUGUCAAACAAUCGGACGGCCGACCCAUAGAUCCGGAAGCUAUCUUUCGCCCUCUACUACUCGCAACCAAGACCCUUAGCAUUCCUCUGCAAGUGACGGCACUUGAUUGUAUCGGCAAACUUAUCACUUAUUCAUACUUCGCUUUUCCAACAGCUCAGGACGGCACUAUCUCUCAACCCGAGCCCGCGCAAGACCAACCGCCGUUAAUCGAACGGGCCAUUGAUGCGAUCUGCGAAUGUUUUGAGAAUGAAGCCACGCCGGUUGAAGUCCAACAACAAAUCCUGAAAUCUCUCCUUGCGGCAGUCCUGAAUGACAAAAUUGUGGUGCACGGAGCUGGUCUCCUGAAGGCUGUCCGCCAGAUAUACAAUAUUUUCAUCUACUCCAAGUCCAACCAGAACCAGCAGAUCGCUCAGGGAUCUUUGACCCAGAUGGUCAGCACUGUCUUUGAUCGAGUUCGUGUGAGGCUUGAAUUGAAAGAACUACGCAUUCGUGAGGGUGAGAAGGCACAGGGCACUUCUUCUGACACUGUAACUUUGGACCCUCCGGAAACUCCUCAGGCCAACGACGAAGAUCACUCGUCUGACGUCGCCUCUGCUAACGUUCCGGAUCAACCCGUUGCGAAGGAGCCUACCGAGAAGUUGACUUUGCAAAGUUUCGAAUCCAACAAAGAUAUAACUUCUCUCAAUGACAACGCUCCAACAACAGUUACACGCGCCAAGGCUCGUCAGACACCAGCAAGGUCCUCGUCUGGCACUUUAGGGGAAGAGAGAGAAGAUGGCGAAGGCUUAGAUGAUGAUGAGGACGAAAUAUAUGUCAAAGAUGCUUUUUUGGUUUUCCGAGCACUGUGUAAGCUGAGCCACAAGAUCCUUAGUCACGACCAGCAGCAGGAUCUGAAAUCUCAAAACAUGAGAUCAAAACUAUUGUCUCUGCACCACAUCCAUUAUCUUAUCAACAACCACGUUGCCGUGUUUACAUCCCCUCUCCUGACGAUUAAGCAGGGCUCUAACAGCUCGGAUGCUAUGACUCUUCUACAAGCCGUGCGUCCUCAUCUUUGUCUAAGUCUCAGCCGAAAUGGCUCAAGUUCGGUGCCCAGGGUUUUCGAGGUGUGCUGUGAGAUAUUUUGGCUCAUGCUGAAGUAUAUGAGAGUGAUGAUGAAGAAAGAACUUGAGGUAUUCUUGAAAGAAAUCUAUCUGGCCAUACUUGAGAAACGAAACUCGCCCGCUUUUCAGAAGCAGUAUUUUAUGGAGAUCCUGGAAAGAUUGGCGGGUGAUCCGCGCGCAUUAGUUGAGUUAUAUCUCAAUUAUGACUGUGAUCGGACAGCUCUGGAAAACAUUUUCCAGAACAUCAUUGAACAACUUUCCCGAUAUGCUAGCGUACCAGUCUCCACAACUGUGGCCCAGCAGCAUCAAUUCCAGGAGCAUCAUAUCAAGAUCUCUCGCUUAGGAAAUGAGUGGCACCAACGUGGCACUCUACCUCCCACACUCGCUACCGCUAACGUAGCCAACAUUCAGCAGCCUGGUCUUCAAGGCGUGCCUCCGGAGUAUAUGCUCAAACACCAGGCGGUCGAGUCCCUGGUGGAGAUUUUGCAAUCGUUAGACAACUGGGCCUCGCAGCGUAUAGCUGAUCAGACUGCCACUAAUAUCUCGUCCCAGAAGUCCAUUGACAACUCGAGAGAGUCAUUGGAUACAAAUGCUGGCGUGUUUCUCUCUUCUCCGAGGGUUGAUGGUACUGACGGUAGUACCGGCCGGUCAACACCAGUGGUAGAAGACGAUCCAAAUCAGAUGGAGAAAGUCAAACAGAGAAAGAUUGCACUGAUGAAUGCAGUGCAGCAGUUCAAUUUCAAGCCCAAGCGAGGGAUCAAGCUUUUUAUCCAAGAAGGCUUUAUUAAAUCAGAUCCUGCUGAUAUUGCAUCCUUGUUAUACCGUAACGACCGGCUAGACAAGGCUAUGGUAGGAGAAUACCUUGGCGAAGGUGAUGCCGAAAAUAUUGCUAUCAUGCAUGCAUUUGUUGAUUUGAUGGACUUUGCGAAGCGACGCUUCGUUGAUGCUCUUCGGGGCUUCCUUCAAAACUUCCGAUUACCUGGAGAGGCACAAAAGAUUGAUCGUUUCAUGCUGAAGUUCGCAGAGCGGUACACUAGCCAAAAUCCGAACGCUUUUGCGAACGCAGAUACGGCCUACGUUCUUGCGUAUUCCGUCAUCCUGCUAAACACGGACCUGCAUAGCACUAAGAUGAAAGGACGCCGUAUGUCAAAGGAAGAGUUUAUAAAGAACAACAGAGGUAUCAACGACAAUCAGGACUUACCGGAUGAAUACCUUACGUCUAUAUAUGACGAGAUUGCGGGUAGUGAGAUUGUUCUCGACACAGAGAGGGAACACGCUGCAAAUAUUGGGGUUCCUACAGCUACACCUGGCGGCUUGGCUUCAAGGGCUGGGCAAGUCUUCGCCACGGUGGGAAGAGAUAUCCAAGGUGAAAAGUAUGCCCAGGCCUCCGAAGAGAUGGCGAACAAGACCGAGCAACUCUACCGAAGCUUGAUUCGGGCACAGCGUAAAACGGCAGUCAGAGAGGCUCUCUCGCGGUUUAUUCCCGCCACAUCCGUCCGGCACGUUGGUUCUAUGUUCAAUGUCACCUGGAUGUCUUUUCUUUCCGGGUUAUCUGCUCCAAUGCAGGACACUCAAAAUCUAGAAAUGAUUAAACUUUGCAUGGAAGGACUGAAGUUGGCAAUUCGCAUUAGCUGUUCGUUCGACUUGGAGACCCCUCGAGUCGCCUUCGUAACGGCUUUGGCUAAGUUCACGAACUUGGGCAAUGUUAGAGAAAUGGUGGCAAAGAAUGUUGAAGCAUUGAAAGCACUGCUCGACGUAGCACUUACAGAAGGAAACGACCUCAAGAGCUCUUGGAGAGAAAUCCUCACAUGCGUUAGCCAGCUUGAUCGUCUUCAACUUCUAACUGAUGGAGUUGACGAAGGAUCGUUGCCUGACGUUUCACGAGCGCGUGUUGUAUCCCAAGCGUCGUCAGAUGGUUCUCGCAGAUCUUUUCAAGCGUCAAGACGGCCACGGCCACGGUCGAUUAAUAGCCCUACGGCCUUCCGUACCGAGGCUGCAAUGGAGAGUCGGUCUGCUGAUAUGAUCAGGGGCGUAGAUCGGAUCUUUACCAAUACUGCCAACCUCUCACACGAAGCUAUAAUCGACUUCAUUCGGGCGCUGAGUGAAGUGAGCUGGCAAGAGAUCCAGUCUUCUGGGCAAACAGACUCUCCUCGGACGUAUAGCCUGCAAAAGCUGGUUGAAAUCAGUUACUACAACAUGACGAGAGUCAGGAUUGAAUGGUCUAAAAUAUGGGAAGUGCUUGGACAACAUUUUAACCUUGUUGGAUGCCAUUCCAACACAACGGUGGUUUUCUUUGCACUAGACUCACUUCGUCAGCUGUCAAUGCGCUUUAUGGAGAUCGAGGAGCUUCCAGGCUUCAAGUUUCAGAAGGACUUUCUUAAACCAUUUGAGCAUGUUAUGGCCAAUAGCAACGCGGUAACUGUCAAAGACAUGAUCCUCCGGUGCCUUAUACAGAUGAUUCAGGCCCGUGGGGAUAAUAUCCGUUCCGGUUGGAAAACAAUGUUUGGCGUCUUCACAGUCGCUGCUCGAGAACCCUAUGAGGGCAUCGUCAACAUGGCUUUCGAACAUGUUACUCAGAUCUACAACACACGUUUUGGAGUCGUUAUCACACAGGGUGCUUUCCCCGAUCUUGUUGUCUGUCUUACAGAGUUCUCCAAGAAUUCAAAGUUCCAGAAGAAGUCACUGCAAGCUAUCGAAACAUUGAAAUCAACUGUCUCAAAGAUGCUCAGGACGCCAGAGUGUCCUCUGUCUCUUCGUGGCCCGUCAGCUGAAGAAUUCCAUGAUGAUAAUACCAACCUUGCCAAGCAACUUAGCCGCCAAUCCAAGGAGGAACAAUUCUGGUACCCGAUCCUAAUCGCGUUCCAAGACGUUCUGAUGACCGGCGAUGACCUUGAAGUCCGCUCACGAGCUUUGACCUACCUCUUCGAAACGCUGAUCAGAUACGGCGGCGACUUUCCUCAAGAAUUCUGGGAUGUUCUCUGGAGACAACUACUUUACCCCAUCUUCGUCGUGUUGCAGUCCAAGUCGGAGAUGUCUAAAGUACCUAACCAUGAAGAGCUAUCUGUGUGGUUAUCAACCACGAUGAUUCAGGCUUUAAGAAACAUGAUUACCCUUUUCACCCAUUACUUCGAUGCGUUAGAGUAUAUGCUUGGACGCAUACUGGAGCUCCUUACGCUAUGCAUCUGUCAAGAAAACGACACAAUCGCGCGAAUCGGCAGCAACUGUUUACAACAGUUAAUCUUGCAGAAUGUUAUGAAGUUUAAACAGGAGCAUUGGGAGAAGGUUGUCGGUGCUUUUGUCGAGCUUUUCAGUAAGACUACUGCCUAUGAACUGUUCACCACAGCUGCGACUAUCUCUUCAAGACCUUCUGUAUCGCACAAAUCCACCAACGGGGAGGCUUUGAACAGUGAGGAAGGUACACAAGAAACUUCUGAAACAUCCUCAGUACAAGAAAACCUUACCGACUCUUCCAAGAUUAACGGAUUGCAAAAUGUGGCACAUGAGCAUGAGGAAGGGGACAUGCCUACCGCUGGGAACACCGAGCUGGAAGAUUAUAGACCUCAGGCCGAGGUACAGCAGCAGCCAGCUGCGGUCACUGUUGCUCGCCGUCGGUUCUUCAACCGUAUUAUAACAAACUGUGUUCUUCAAUUGCUCAUGAUCGAGACUGUUCAUGAACUCUUUUCCAACGACAAAGUUUAUGCGCAAAUUCCAAGCCAUGAGCUCCUUCGACUGAUGGGACUUUUAAAGAAGAGCUACCAAUUUGCGAAGAAAUUCAACGAGGACAAGGAACUGCGCAUGCAGCUUUGGCGCCAAGGAUUCAUGAAGCAACCGCCAAAUCUUCUCAAACAGGAGAGUGGAAGUGCUGCAACUUACGUCCACAUUCUUUUCCGCAUGUACCACGAUGAGAGGGAUGAAAGGAAGAGCAGCCGUACAGAAACCGAGGCUGCCCUCAUUCCACUCUGUGCCGACAUCAUUCGCAGUUUUGUCCUUCUCGACGAAGAUUCACAGCAUCGCAACGUGAUCGCCUGGCGUCCAGUGGUGGUGGACGUGUUGGAAGGGUACACGAACUUCCCCUCCGAAGGCUUUGAUAAGCACAUUGAAACUUUCUACCCAUUAUCCGUGGAUCUACUUGGUCGCGACUUGAACCCUGAAAUCCGCAUUGCGCUUCAGUCCUUACUUCGCAGAAUCGGUGAAGUAAAAUUGGGAAUUCCUGCAGCACAAGCAACUGUUAGCCCGAGAAGCUCAGUUUCCCAUCGCAAAGACAGCGUAGGGCGCUGAGCAAUCUAGCCGUGGACUUCGAUCACUCGUCUUCUUUACUCAUAUUCUAUCUUACCCGUGUUUUGGAUAUCCCGCCUAUUGGAUUGCUUGUCUUUCACACUGGAUGGCGACUGUUGUAGACUUACUUUUCUGUUCUUAUCCUUUUUUAUGUGAGCCAGAUUUU